AUGGCGCCGCCGCAGCCGAAGUCGGGCCUCUUCGUGGGCAUCAACAAGGGCCAUGUCGUCACCAAGCGCGAGCUGCCUCCGCGCCCGUCCCACCGCAAGGGGAAAGCAACGAAGAGGGUGUCCAUGGUCAGGGGCCUGAUCAGAGAGGUUGCUGGGUUUGCUCCGUAUGAGAAGCGUAUCACUGAGCUUCUGAAGGUUGGCAAGGAUAAGCGUGCUCUGAAGGUCGCCAAGAGAAAGCUUGGAACUCACAAGAGGGCAAAGAAGAAGAGAGAGGAGAUGGCGGGUGUCCUCAGGAAGAUGAGUCAGUUGCUUCUGCUAAUUUGUUGCAUAAUUAUGAUUUACUCUUACUCCAACGACUGUUAUUUCAUUAAUGCACAUCAAUUUAAGUUCUGCAUAUUGAUCCUGCCAUUUGCAUUACCUGAUCGGCUGGUUGCGAUGACAACUGAUUGUCAGGGAAAGAGGGUCUUCCUCAAGCACCAAGCCAGAGACCGGAUCAACUCAUAUGGAUUCCAUCCAACUCAGGAAAUUGUACAACUAAAGAAGCAUACAGAUGAUGAACAGGUGAAUCAACCACAGGCGGGCGAGGAUAGGGCAACAUCAGUUGUCCCUGUUGAUAAUUUAGAGAUGGAACCAGCAACCAUAGCUCCGACAACUGGUUCAUACAGCACUGGUGAACCUGCACAAUCAUGUAUCAUCCCUGACUGUUACGUGGAUGCAUCCAUUCCUCCGGAGUCACACAUUGCAGCGCCUACCCUAGCUGGACUGGGCAUCUAUUUGUCUAAUUUACAGGUUCUAGGUCAUCAAUCCUUGAUGAUCAAAGCGCAGGUGAUGGAUGUCGACAGCCCUCUCCAGGCUGAAACUCUAGCUGUUCAGCUAGUAACUCAUGUGUUGAAAGCUCUGCAGCAACAACAGUACAAGCUCUUCUCAGAUUGUCAACUACUUGUGGACGCUCUGAAGAAAAGAGAUCCUUUACAACAACCCGCACACUGGAAGCUCCGACCUUCAAUUGCUCACAUUAUCUCAAACUCUGAAGCUCAAGAUGAGUUUUGA